UGGCAUGAGCUUUCGCGAUCACCCGAAGAACAAUCACCUGGACUGGAGAACGAUCGUGACAAGACGGCGCCUUCUGAAUCCCGAAAGACUUGAACGACUUCCACCGUGUCGUUCGUGAGGUCGGCGACGAACCCGGUUUCGUGAUCCACAUACAAUCCCCCUUACUUAAUCCACCUCUGCUCCGGGUGACCUCGUCUCAGCCGACCAAAGACACGAGAGGGUGUGGAUCGCGUUUUUUUUUCUGUUCCUACUCGCUUCCUUCGGAGCCGUUGAUAUUUAAAACAAACAAUUUAAAUGUUCAGUCGAGAGACGGGCGUCAAGAUGAAAGCAGCUGCCAAGUUCGGUUUGAGUUUUCUAGUGCUUUUCGGUGUAGUGCUCGGUUUUUCCGCCGCUCAAAGUUCUUUGCGGAAGCAGUACGAGACCAACCGUCGUACCCCCGGAUCGGCCGCAGCAAAUCGGAACCGGGACCGCGAUGAACCGGUAAGAUCGGCACCACCCUCCCGGGGUCAGGCACCGGCUCCAGCUUCGGAGGAAAUCGAUCCGGAACUUUCGGAAAACUGUCCGGAACCGAACGGCUACUUUGCGGACGCGGAACAGUGCGAUAAGUACUAUGCCUGCCACGAGGGUCACAUUACCGAAAAACUGUGCCCCGACGGCAUGGUUUUCAACGAUUAUGAUCCAGAUCAGGAAAAAUGUGACCUUCCGUUCAACAUCGAUUGCUCCAAGCGGUCCAAGCUGCAAACUCCUCGCCCCUCCAAGAACUGUCCCCGUCAGAACGGUUAUUUCGGUAGCGAAACGGGUGCUUGCGAUAAAUUUUACUACUGCGUCGAUGGCAUGUUCAACAUGAUCACCUGUCCCGCGGGUCUGGUGUUCAAUCCCCGUACCGGUAUCUGUACCUGGCCCGAUGAAGCCGGAAAGUCCGGAUGUACAUCGGAAGAUGUCUUCAAGUUCGCCUGCCCAAAGGUCAACGAAAGCAUUGCCGUAACUCAUCCACGAUAUGCGGAUCCGGAUGAUUGUCAGUUCUUCUACGUAUGCAUCAACGGAGACGUUCCUCGACGAAAUGGAUGCAAACUUGGACAGGUGUUCGAUGAUCAAGCCAAGCACUGCGAAUGGGCUCGGAAAGUCCCCGAAUGUGCCGACUGGUACAAGGAUCGUCUGACCGAUGCUCAGCUGGACGAGCUGGAAAAUCCACCAACCACCAAGGCACCUCCAUCGAAGGGACCUACCAAGGUGUCGAGGAGACGUCCCGCCAAACGGCCAAAGAUUCCUGUAGAUGACGAAGAGUGAUAGGUGAUAGUGUCGUCGUACGAGUACGAAGCAUUUGAUUUUCCAAAUUCAAUCUAUUACAAUAAUAAUACUCAGAAAAUUUAUCUAGGAACGGCAGCUUCCUGUAUUUAUUGUUUCUAUGGAACAUUGCAAAUAUGUUUAAUAAAAAUCGAUAGAUGAAAA